CCAAAAUCUCUCCGUUAACAAACAAGCCGGCAGCCAAGUACAGCAGACAUGCGUCCCCAUCCGUGAUUCUCCGUCUCACCACUAGAACGUACUCAACCCUCCUCCCCACCGCCACAGUUCCGGCCGCCUCUCUCCCAGCAAAUCCCACUUCCCCCAGCCCACAGCUCCAGCUCGCUUCUGGUCUCUCCCUCUUACCCUCCCCCGCGCCGCCCGGACGCCGUCUCGCGAGGAGGCAUCGACCGGCGCGCGCGGUGGCAUUUAGGAGGAGGGAAGCCAGGAAGGGGAGGUUGUAGCUGGUUGACAGGGUUUUUUAGCUAGGCGGCGGGGAGGGGCGAGAUGAGCAUGUACGGGAGGGACCCGUGGGGCGGGCCGCUGGAGAUAUGCCACCCGGACUCGGCCACGGACGACGACCGCAGCCGGAACCUGGACAUCGACCGGGGCGCGAUGUCGCGGACGCUCGACGAGACGCAGCAGAGCUGGCUGCUGGCGGGGCCCGGGGACCAGGCCCGCAAGAAGAAGAAGUACGUCGACAUCGGCUGCCUCGUCGUCAGCCGCAAGCUCUUCGUCUGGACGCUCGGGGUGCUCCUCGCCGCUGCCGUCUUCGCGGGGGUCGUCGCCGGGAUCGCCAAGGCCAUCCCCAGGCGCCACCGCCCGCCGCCGCCACCCGACGACUACACCGUCGCGCUGCACAAGGCGCUCAUGUUCUUCAAUGCCCAGAGAUCUGGGAAGCUUCCGAAGCACAACAAUAUACCAUGGCGAGGUAACUCUUGCAUGAAGGACGGACUUUCUGACCCUGCAGUCAGGCGAAGCCUGGUCGGCGGGUAUUAUGAUGCUGGCGGCGCUGUCAAGUUCAAUUUCCCAGCUGCCUUCUCAAUGACCCUCCUCAGCUGGAGUGUUAUUGAGUACAGUGCUAAGUACGAUGCUGUUGGGGAACUUGGCCAUGUCCGUGACAUUAUCAAGUGGGGGUCAGACUACUUCUUGAAGACCUUUAAUUCCACAGCCGAUAGCAUUGAUCGUGUCAUUGCACAGGUGGGAAGUGCUGCAAUGUCACCUGGUUCGACGCAGCCCAAUGAUCAAUAUUGUUGGAUGAGACCAGAGGACAUCGACUACCCACGGCCAGUGGUUGAGUGCCACGCUUGUUCAGAUCUUGCUGCUGAAAUGGCUGCAGCAUUAGCUGCAGCAUCUAUUGUAUUCAAGGACAAUAAGGCUUACUCACAGAAGCUUGUACAUGGUGCUACCACUCUCUUCCAGUUUGCAAGGGAGCGGCGUGGGAGGUAUAGUGCAGGUGGCUCAGAUGCUACAAAGUUCUACAAUUCAACCAGUUACUGGGAUGAGUUUGUGUGGGGUAGUUCAUGGAUGUACCUUGCAACUGGCAAUUCAUCAUACUUGACUCUAGCCACACACCCUAAACUUGCAAAGCAUGCUGGCGCUUUCUGGGGUGGACCAGAUUAUGGUGUGUUCAGCUGGGAUAAUAAGCUCACUGGUGCACAGGUUCUUCUAAGCCGGUUGAGGCUUUUCUUGAGUCCUGGAUAUCCAUAUGAAGAGAUGUUGAGGGCAUUCCACAACCAAACUAGCAUUAUCAUGUGUUCCUACCUUCCAAUCUUUAAAUCUUUCAACAGAACAAGAGGUGGUUUGAUUCAGUUAAAUCACGGGAAGCCACAACCCCUUCAGUAUGUGGUCAAUGCUGCAUUCCUUGCUUCUGUGUUCAGUGAUUAUCUUGAGGCUGCGGAUACUCCUGGGUGGUACUGUGGCCCCCAUUUCUACUCUAUUGAGGUUCUUCGCAGUUUUGCAAGGACUCAGAUUGAAUACAUCUUAGGAAAGAAUCCUUUGAAGAUGAGCUAUGUGGUUGGGUUUGGAAACCAUUACCCCAAGCAUGUUCACCACCGGGGCGCCUCAAUCCCUAAGAAUGGUGUUCACUAUGGUUGCAAAGGAGGGUGGAAGUGGAGGGACACCAAGAAGCCAAACCCUAAUAUCAUAGUAGGGGCCAUGGUUGCUGGCCCUGAUCGCCAUGACAGGUUCAAAGAUGCCCGCAAGAAUUAUAACUACACUGAAGCAACACUGGUAGGCAAUGCUGGUCUAGUCGCAGCAUUGGUAGCUUUGUCUGGUGAAGGCCACGGGGUGGACAAGAAUGCUAUGUUCUCUGCAGUACCGCCCAUGUUCCCUUCCCCUCCGCCGCCACCGGCCCCAUGGAAACCAUAAUGGCUGUGGGUAUCAGAUUCUUUUGUAUACUGCGUAUUUAGAUUAGUGUUGCUCUCGCCUUACUAGUACCAUCACUAUCGUGGAGUUCUGACAAGAUGUAGCCUCGAUCUUUUCUUGUUUCUUUCAUUGUUGUAUAUUUGCCGUACAAUGUAAGGACUAAUUCAUUGUGUAUGAAUCUCGGUUCUAAUUAAGUAUCAGAUUCCCUGAGGAUUUGUGGUAA